AUGAUCGCAGAGACUUCCUAUCAGAUAGGAAAGACUGCACUCUCCAAAGGCCAGCGCGGUUGUGCAGUCACAUGGCUAAAGAGGGCAUUGGAACAUGCCCAGGGCCUCCCAACUCUCACGACUCCACAUCAAACUCAGGGCCGAGAUACAAUCGAGCUGAAGCUCCUUGCUGGACACGCACUCGCUCGGGCGUAUAUGUUCAUCAAAACGCCUGAAUCACAGCAGAGUCUCACAGAGCAGCUGGAUGUAUUGAAAAGGGAUCACGGCAACAACCCCGCUGUCUUGUUUCUCGAGCUCGAGGUCCUUGGCCACAAUGUGAAACCAAAGCUUGAUCACUACUUCCAAGGCAAGGUUGCCCCACUCCUCAUUGCAUCAGCUCCUGACCUCAUUUUCUAG